AUGGAGGCAGUGACGGACUCGGAGACGCUCAACGCCUUCUUCCAACGGCUUAAACCAUGCUGUGUUGAGAUCAGUCGGCUUACGAUCCGGGAGGAGGAUGGGCCCUCUUCAGCCCGCAAGCUGCAAAACCUUACUGCCACACUCCUUGAUAUCCUGCACUCGUCAUCUGCCGACUUACACGACAAGCUGGCCGAAUAUGUCUUCUUCCCACUAUCUCAUAUAUUUCGUCAAAUGUCUAGGUAUCCGACGACUGUCGUGGAAAACUGUGUCUCCUGCCUGCGAAUCCUCAUUGCACAUGGCUGGCGGACGAGGAUUUCGCCUGUCCUCGUCCAGCAAAUAUUCACCUUUCUCAUUUUUAUUAUUGACGGCUUGCCUGGGUCGGAAACAAAUCAAGACAAGCCAGAGGAGCUCAUAUUAGAGUCGUUCCGCACCUUGACAGCUCUCCUGGAUGCUGCUGCGGGAUCCGCACAUGCCGCCGCUGGUCUGGCUGAGCCCGCAGCAAUCCCGCAGUUAGGCCAAGGUGUCACAGCGAUGUUGGAUAGUAUUGUGGACGGCGCCACUCCAGCAAUUCAGGAAGAAGCUAUCAAUUCAUUGGUUGCGCUAUAUCGAGCAAUCAGAGACCACGGUACCUUGGCCACUUUCCUACCUGGUACAUUAUCCAAUCUGGCCAGGGUACUCCAGACUCCAACGCGAUACAAAGCCUCUGUGAUUGCAGGCUGUCUGGAUGCAGCGAGGUUCGUAUUGACGAGAGUACUUGGCGAUUUGCGCAUGCGGUCGAUCCUUGCCAAGAAGGACAAGGAAGAAGCCGACAAAGAGGAAGAUAAGAACAAUGUGCUCGGACUAGCGUGGCUUGAUGCUACAGUUGGACAAGUGAAAAAGGUACUGGCAACAAUGAUGAAACUACGUGCACAUGAUUCCGAGGAUGUCAAACGAGCGCUUUAUCGUCUAUGCAUCACGUUGCUAGAUGAAUGCCACAAGACUUUGUCCAACUGCUCGGCGCUGCUUGUGGAAACGGCCAUUAUCCUGGAUUCGAACGACCACGAUUCCAUCACCGAAACCAAUCUAUCGCACAUGGCUGGAAUAUAUCCUGAGCUCCUAGAUGCGGUCAAAAUGACGGUGUAUAACUGGAUGUCGAGCUUACCGCGACACAUGCAGUCUGCAGACGACGACGUUAAACGCAUUGCGAUUCACAACUUUGCCAAGGGCAUCGAGCUUUUGAGAAGUCUAAACAUCGAAUCAAGUACGAUGGAGAGCGCACUCUCAAACACAAUGUGCGAAACUAUCACUUCAUUACUACAAGCUAGCAAAACGUCCAACUCGGACAACGCGGCGCCAAUUCAGCUUCUGGAAACAAAAUCCAUGGUGAAAUCUGCCGGGAAAAUAUCCUACCCACCCGUGUUGUUUUCGCACGAGAGUCAAAGAGGUCUGAAACGGGAACUCUUGUCCCUCCUGGGGGCUGUCAGCUCAAGUUCUCACUCUGGCGCUCUGCUGGCUGACAUGGUGGACUUUGUGAGGGAUUCUACAGAUAGCAGCCAGAUCGCUGCAUACUGGCUGUCGCUCGAGAUGAUAAAAGCUGCGCAUGCAUCCUCUGCCGACGAAGAUGCCCUUCUCAACUUCUCCGAGGCUUCAAAUGGGUCGUACGAUGCCGAGUCCGCACUGAGCGAGUUGUACUCCUUUUCGGUUGAGCUUUUGGACUCUCAUAGCGAUGGAUCAGCAAUUGACUGGCGCAUGGAGGCUCUUGCUCUCGAAGUAGUCGCUUACGCAGCCCAGAGAUCCGGCGAGUCGUUUAGGCCCGAACUCAUUGACGUUUUAUUUCCAAUUGCCACGUUCUUGGGAUCCGAUAACCACAAGCUCCAGCAGCAUGCCGUGGCCACGCUGAACAUUGUAGCUUCCGCGACAUCCACGCAGGUGCUCACUAUGAUGAUUCGUCUUGCAGGACCUCGCCUCAUUCCGUUCCUGGACGAUGUUGUCGAGUCUAUUUUUGCCGCCCUGGACAACUAUCAUGGGUAUCCCAUGUUUGUCGAGAAUCUAUUUGACGUACUCAAGGAGAUCGUUGACCAAGCUGCCAUGACUGAAAGUACGCGCCUGCUGAAAGACCAUGAGAGAAAAGAAAUUCAGCAUAAGAAGCAGCUUGGCCAACAGGAGGACCUGAACAGUCUGAUGUCAGUUUUGGACAAACGCAACGAGCGAAGAAAGCGAGACGAGGCAGAGGCCAGAGACUUGCAACAACUGCAAGGACACCCGCGAACACCCUGGGGCGAGCCGGAGAAGAAGAAAGCUGGCGAGGAAGAGAUGGAAGAUCCAGGCGGCGAGCCACCAAGCGAGGACAAGCCGCCGAGCUCGUCCACGUACCAGCUCCUAAGCCGUGUGGCUAACCUGACUCAGUACUAUCUUACAUCGCCCACGCCAAAGUUACGACGGUCUCUUUUGGAGCUCCUCAAAUCCGCCUCGUCUGUGCUCGCUGCCGACGAGGAUUCGUUCCUCCCGUUGGUCAAUGCCAUCUGGCCCGUCGUCAUCAGCAGGCUCCAUGACCCCGAACCCUACAUCGUCGUGGAGGCCUGCAGCACGCUCGCGGGUCUCUGCGAGGCCGCGGGCGACUUUCUCGCCUCACGCUUUAAGACGGAAUGGCACGAAGGCCUGCUCGACUUUUGCCGCAAAUCAAAGCGCGCGGCGGCGGCGUUAGCAGCCGGCCGGCCUGCGCCCCAGGAUAGCCGACGGAGCUUCAGCACGCGCCCCUCGACAAAUAUUGUGGUGCCGUUGCGCGCCGAGCCAGGGCUCGAAGUGCGCACCACGACACUGAUCCGCCAAGAGGAACAUUUGUCGACAGCUGGUCUCGGACAACAUGCGUCCCCAGCGAAGAUAUGGGCGGCGGUUGUCUCUCUGCUGACGGCCAUGGUGGCGAAUGUGCGCAUCGAUGACGGCAUGUUUGACGAUGUACUGGAUCUUUUGGUGGAUGUCUUGGACAAGAAGCCUGAUGCCAAGGAGGCGCUGGAGGUGAUAAACGCAGAUGCGGUAUGGCUCGCGCUGUACGAACGCGGGAUGACUGCGUGGCAGGCGGCCCCGAAGGUAGAGGGCGCAUCGUUUAUCGAGCUUCGAGCAUAA